AUGAAUCCUUUGCUGAUCGAGACUGCGACACCAGAUGAGUUGGCACCAUGGCGACCUACCCGCCACAAAAUCGGAAAACCUUAUGUGACCGAGUAUCUGAAGCACUACCCCAUGUCAGAGCCGGCCAAAGACUUUGAUGAUCGGAAUGCGCUUUACUGCAUGUAUGUAUCCAGGCAUGUUAAACGCGUCUCGAAACCUGGCUAA